GAAGUCAAACAAAAAAGAAAUGAAGAAGUUAGAAAACGAAACUGAACGAAGAGAAAUAACCGGCGUCCGUAGCAGAGAGACAGCAAAGAAGACGAUCAUCAUCGUCACGAGUAACUACUCCCUCUAAUCGAAUCGGAGUUCGCUCGAGCUUCUCUCCCUCCCCGCGUGCCCCAGCAGAGAUCGAUCGGUCGUUCGGUCGGUCGGCCGUCGAGGGCUUCGAUUUUGGCUGCUCGGCAGUCGUGGAAAGCAUCGGCUUUCUCCUUUGUGAAGCGGUUCAGGCUCGAACAUCUGUUGCUGGCCGAUGCGGCCUUGAGAGUUGUUGAUUUUUCAGGGAGAGAUUUGGAUGGUUUAUGGCCGAAGAACUGACGGCACCGGUGGAGAGAGAGAGCGAGGGCAAGAGCAAGCUAUGGAAGGGCGUUUUCGCCGUCACCGGAAUCAUGACGACUCUCGUCAUCUAUGGACUUUUGCAGGAAAAGAUCAUGAGAGUGCCUUAUGGUGCUGGGGCAGACAGUGAAUAUUUUAAGUAUUCUCUGUUUCUCGUGUUCUGCAACCGUAUCACUACAUCUGCUGUUUCUGCGGGUGUUUUGCUUGCAAGUAAGAAGGCCUUGGAUCCUGUUGCCCCAAUUUAUAAAUAUGGCAUCAUAUCAAUAUCAAACAUCCUGACAACAACGUGUCAGUAUGAGGCACUGAAGUAUGUCAGUUUUCCUGUUCAGACUCUGGCAAAGUGUGCAAAGAUGAUACCUGUCAUGGUUUGGGGAACAGUAAUCAUGCAAAAGAGAUACAAGGGACCGGACUAUUUGAUAGCUUUUCUGGUGACACUGGGUUGCUCGAUAUUUAUUUUAUAUCCAGCAGGUCCUGAUAUUAGCCCAUACAGCAGAGGAAGGGAAAAUACUGUUUGGGGUGCUUCCCUCAUGGUCGGUUAUCUUGGGUUUGAUGGCUUUACUAGCACAUUCCAGGACAAGUUAUUUAAGGGCUACAAUAUGGAGAUACACAAUCAAAUUUUCUAUACGACAAUAUGUUCUUGUAUUCUCAGUUUGACAGGUAUUAUCUUACAAGGACACCUUCUUCCAGCUGUGGAUUUUGUUUAUCGGCAUAAUGAUUGUUUCUUUGACAUUGCCUUGCUGUCCACCGUGGCAACAACCAGUCAAUUUUUCAUUUCCUACACUAUUCGGACCUUUGGAGCUCUCACAUUUGCAACUAUAAUGACCACUAGACAGUUGGUCAGCAUUUUGCUGUCAUGUGUGUGGUUUGCGCAUCCUCUCAGCUGGGAACAGUGGAUUGGAGCGGUUAUUGUCUUUGGCUCCCUUUAUACGAAAACCUUCCUACGAAAAGUACCUCAACAGGCAUCACUCCCCAAGCAAAUGCCAAAUGGAGCUUCUGGUGCUGUGAAGUCAUGAGUAUCGGUCACUGCUAUCAGGGAUUAGUCUUUGGUUAACGAGGUACAGAGCAGCAGCUGUUCGUCUCUAGAGCUGCUGUUACUCUAAUUCCGUUCGUGUUUAGUCUGCAUUAUCAACGCUAUGAGAAGCUAAAAGGGAUACAUUUACAGGACAAUGAGUUAUACAUUAACCAAAGCAAGUAGAUAUGUUUCUCAUUUUUUUGAUCUCUCGAACUAAUUUUCGUUUUUGAGAGCAUAUGCUUGUCUGGAAUUUUGUGUCACCCAAUCAUCAAAUACUUAUUCGUUCCAGAAAUAGUCAUUUUAGAGC